UCCCUCGCUCUCUUUUUCUCAAGUUGUGCAAAGGUGCCUCCUGCAGCAGCGAGGCGCUGCAAUUCCCAGGGACUAGGGAGGCUAUUCUAAGGAGCGACAAGUGCCCCGCUGGCUCUCCUGCAAGCCCCGGCAGUGUGAGGGGAAGAAAACUUUUCCAAGCCCUCCUCAAAGAGCCUGCUCAUCAUCUGGAUCAAAAGACAGAAGGACAGCCGACAGCCAUUGUGCUCCUUUGAAGAAAGACAACCCAAAAAGCCAUGAUGCUCCCUCAAAUGACCCCAUUGCUGCUGGCAGUGAUGGUUGGCGUCUCCACAGUAGCUGGAGGGGGAGCAGGAGGGGGUUAUGCACAGAUCAAAUACAUGCAGCCUGUGGUGAAGGGACCUCUUGGCCCGCCAUUCCGGGAAGGCAAAGGACAGUAUAUAGAUAUGCCACCACCACUCCUGCCAAUGGACCUCAAAGGGGAACCUGGACCUCCUGGGAAGCCUGGCCCAAGAGGUCCUCCUGGCCCACCUGGCUAUCCGGGGAAACCAGGCACUGGCAAACCAGGACUUCACGGCCAACCAGGCCCUGCUGGCCCACCUGGCUUUUCUGGCAUAGGCAAACCAGGUAUCCCUGGGCUUCCUGGCAAGGCAGGGAUGAAAGGGAUGCCUGGGAUGAAAGGGGAGCCUGGCAUCAGAGGAGAGCAAGGGCCAAGGGGCUUGCCAGGUCCACCAGGGCUGCCUGGACCAGCUGGUAUAUCUGUUAAUGGUAAACCAGGCCAGCAAGGUAGUCCAGGACUGCCAGGAUUCCGCGGGGAGCCUGGAGCAAAAGGAGAGCCUGGUCCCCGUGGUGAGCGGGGCAUGAAGGGUGAAAAUGGAGUUGGAAAGCCAGGGUUGCCUGGGCAACGAGGGAAUGGAGGAGCCCCUGGCCCUGCAGGGCCUCCAGGACCUAUGGGCAUUGGGAAACCAGGUCUUGAUGGAUUGCCUGGUGCUCCAGGUGAGAAAGGUUUUUUGGGGCCUCCAGGUGAACCAGGUAUUAAUGGGCAGCCUGGGCCUAUGGGUCCACGUGGCCCCCCUGGAAUUGAUGGAAUUGGCAUACCAGGUGCUGCUGGUAUACCAGGCAUACAAGGCCCUCUGGGUCCUAAGGGGGAACCUGGCAUCCGUGGUCUUCCUGGUAUGCCUGGGCCCACAGGGUAUGGAAAGCCAGGUCUGCCUGGCUUAAAGGGAGACCGUGGUCAACCAGGCAUACUUGGAGCCAUUGGUGACAAAGGGGAGCCUGGAAUAGAUGGUGAACCAGGAGAAAUGGGCCCCCCUGGUGUUACUGGGUCACCAGGUCCUCCUGGUUCUAUGGGUAUGCCAGGCAAGCAUGGGAUUCCUGGCCCUAAAGGUGAGCCUGGACCAGCUGGGCCUGCAGGACUCCCAGGCAUGCGUGGGGACCAAGGGCCCAGUGGUUUUGUGGGGAAGCCGGGAAUUCCUGGAGAGAGGGGAUUACCUGGGCCCCAAGGGAUGCCUGGCCCAAUGGGCCCCAAAGGGGAAAAUGGUUUUAUAGGGCUUCCCGGGGUGCCAGGACAAAUAGGGCCUAUAGGCUCUAAGGGGGAUGCUGGUAUCCCAGGGCAACCAGGCCUUCGAGGCCCAUCAGGCAUACCAGGUUUACAGGGGCCUUCUGGUCCAAUGGGCCCUCAAGGUUUACCAGGCCUCAAAGGAGAACCUGGCUUCCCAGGGCCACCAGGAAAUGGGAAAGUAGGUGAACCAGGAAUUGUUGGUCCCAUGGGGCCACCAGGGGUUCCUGGAAAUCCAGGAUUAAAUGGGCCACCGGGACCACCAGGGCCACCAGGACCACCUGGUGCUCCAGGGAUGUUUGACGAGACAGGCAUUGCUGGCCUUCAUUUGCCAGAUGGAGGUGUAGAGGGAGCAGUGCUGGGGAACGGCAAGCACGGAAAGCCACAGUAUGGCAGAGGGGAACUAUCUGCCCAGAUGGUACCUGCCUUCACUGCCAUCUUGACCUCGCCAUUCCCAGCCUCAGGUAUGCCAGUAAAAUUCGACAGGACUUUGUACAACGGGCAUAAUGGCUAUAAUCCCGUGACAGGGAUCUUCACGUGUCCCAUCUCUGGCAUCUACUACUUUGCCUAUCAUGUUCAUGUUAAAGGAACUAAUGUCUGGGUGGCACUUUACAAGAACAAUGUACCUGCCACCUAUACCUAUGAUGAAUACAAAAAGGGCUACUUGGACCAGGCUUCCGGAAGUGCCGUGCUUGAACUCAAAGAGAACGAUCAAGUCUGGGUCCAGAUGCCAUCAGAUCAAGCCAAUGGUUUGUACUCCACUGAAUACAUCCAUUCUUCUUUUUCUGGAUUCCUUCUUUGUCCCACAUAACAGCUGUUGGACAUAUCUUCUUUUAUCUACUUUAGCCAUAAACUGUCUUUCAAAAGAAUAAGCAAAUACAAAAUGUCACUGGGAAGAUGGUACAGACUAGUGGUGAAGAACCAUUUCAGCCAAGAAGAGAGACUUUACUGGCAGUAUUUUCAGUACCAGUCUUUGUAUUCAGAAUUUAGUUUUCCCUAGUGACUGUACAUCAGACACAGAUGCUAACUUGGGGAUUAGUUGCCAGUCAAUACUCUUAAGAUGCACGGAAGGCAUUUGAUUGAUGGCAGCACAUGGAGAACUGCAGCCUGCAAUGUAUAAAGAUGUAGACUUUCUUAUUAGAUUGAGGCAUCUCCUUCCAAAUUUAGCAUUUGCUCAUGUUUCAGUUUUCUGUUGUAAAAUGUGACCGGAGUCAGUCUCUUGGGGUAACAAAGACUCAACAGGGUGAAUUGUCAAAGUUCAGAACGCUUUGCAUGAACAUCUUCUACAGAAUGAUCAACACAUUUCUACAGUAUCCUGUCUGAAGUAUAUCGAGAACGGGAUGGCUAGCAAAACAUAUUCCAGAGCCAUUCAGAGACUGUUGUGAUCCCAUGCCCCCUCCAAGACUCUCUAAAAGUCACAUUAAUAUGUUGACAAGGAAAAAUACUUGACACCCACACCUUGUGCAAGCAGUGGCCCAAAAACAUCAUCGGCCCUGUGAAUGGGGUGCCUGACACUUCCAGUACAAAGGCACUACAAGGCAUAGUUUCCAAUGCUCACUUUCACCGCUGGAAAAGGAUGUGUUACACUAUCUUCAAAGUGCCAGUUAAUAGACAGUUUUGUGUUUUUUCAGGAUGUGUAAAUUUUUUUGUUCUUGUUGGAGAGGCUGGUGGGAGCACCCCGCCUCCAUGAAAUUUUUGAUUUACAAAAAGUAGAGUUCAUUUGUAACUUUCCAUUCGGUUGUUUUUGACAACGGUGCUAUUAGCUACUUUAAUGUUAUUCACAAGUAUAGUGCAAUAUCUAUCACAAAAAGGUGCAAAAUGUUAUGUGCAAAGAUUUCUGUGAUUAAGAAAAAAGGAAAAAUGUCAUUGUCUUUUUUUUAAACCACUGUCUCACUAAUGCUUGAAAUGUCACCCAUCUGACUCUGGGUUACAAGGUUACUCACAGCUUUUGGAAAGAGGAGGUGUGGAUUGUUGAUCAAGUGAAUAUCUUAGGAGCAUUCAAAGCCUUUUGUUCUACAGAGUGCCUGAAGAAAUAGUGAUGCCUUAUGUUGUUCUUUUUUAAAAAGAGAGAGACCUCAUCCUGGAGAAACAAGAUGCUGUUUAAAUUAUACCCCAUAAAAUAAUGCUAAAAAUCCCUUUCUGCAUAGAACUGUUCUGAAG